GAUUUUGGAUUGAUGGCAAAGGGAGAGGGACUUAAGUGAGAGUGAACACACAAGCACAAGAACCCCAGGGGGAUUCAAUGGAGCCUGAAGACCUGCAAUGAGACCCUCACCCUGAGUCUCACCUCCCAGAGUUCUGCAAGCCUCUCCCUGUUCCUUAUUUUUGAUUCUAUAACACAUAGGUGUGAGCAAGCUCUCUGAUUGGUCAAUAGGCGUGUUUGAUUCCACGAUCAAAGAACGGUCAAAUAGAACGUGCCUUUUCACAACAAGUCAGUAUCCCUCCGCGUCUGAGAAAAACGGUAUACCCUUGGCCUGAAAAGCAAACUGCUUGCAGUUUGCUUUUCGAACUGGAACAAGAAAGCAGCGGAGAAGUAACGGGGCAGAAACCCUCCUUUUUACGUUACGAAACAAACUUCCAAACAUAAUAUGGAAACAUUUAAGAUUAACUUCAACCUCCGGGGGGGUCUUACUGUGGAGGACUGGAUUGAGGAGUGCCUAGAAAAAAAAGCACCUAAACGACAACAUGCAGAGCUACGUGAAGAGCAGGUAGACCAACUGGAAAAGUACCACAAUUCAAAAGCUAACUGCAAACUGGAACAAGAAAGCAGUGGAGAAGUAGUGGUUUCCAUAGCGACACACAGCCGUUACAUUGUUACAUUGUCUCUCGUUGGAAAAUCGUUAGCUACAAAAUGUCAGAUUUUAUAGUUAAUUUUGAUUUGUUGGGGGGCCUCAGUAUGGAUGAAUGGUUGGACAUGGACACAGACCACAAAACCAACGAAAGAUUUGCGGCUGUUUCAACUGACGAGCUGAGUGCGUUGGAAAAAAGUCGCAACGAAAAGAGUACAUUGGCGUAAACUACCUGGGCUGUCAAAUGUCUCAAAGCGUUCUUAAAAACCCAGGAGAAAAUGGUGGAUUUCGGAACAGUGUCCAAGCCUGAGCUAAACAGCUUACUUCGCCAGUUUUAUGGAAGUGUUAGAAACACUAAGGGCCAGCAGUACGCUAUUAGUACCUAUGUCAGUUUGAGAGCUGGGAUCAACCGCUUCGUUAAUGACCCUCCGUACAGCCGGGCAUGGUGUUUGAUGAAAGACAAUGAGUUUACCACCUCAAAUAACGUGUUCUCCGGACUCAUCAAGUCACUCAGAAGGGCUGGGCAGGACAAAACUGAACACCAUCCCGCUAUCACCAACGAGGACCUCGAAAUCCUGAGGAAGUCCCGGGCCAUGGACCCAAACACACCACGGGGCCUCCUCAACAAGGUGUGGUUCGAUAUCCAACUGCAUUUCGGAAGAAGGGGAAAGGAGGGCCUGAGGAAACUCACUCCACAAUCUUUCGUUGUUAAACGAGAUUCUGCAGGCACCAAAUAUGUGACGAUGGCAUUUAACGAGGAAACUAAAAAUCACAAAUGCCACAACGACAGGGAGCGCCAGAACAGGAGAGGGGCAAUGUUUGAGGAGCCGGGCAAUGCCCUUUGCCCAGUAGCUUCGUUCGAGGCCUACCUAUCAACACUGCCCGAAUCAGCAAAGGCUUUCUACCACCAUCCAAGGAAGUCGGUGAAGCCUGGGGAUGCGGUGUGGUAUAGCAUGGAGCCCUUGGGGGUGAACAGCCUGGGGUCCAUGAUGACCCGCAUUAGUGAAGAGGCUGGCACUACGCGUUACACAAACCAUUGCGUCAGAAGCACCUGCAUACAGCGGCUGGCGGAGGCAGGGUUGGAGUAUGGAGUCAGAUUUGGGUCAAUAUUCUAGCGCGUAAAACAAGAUA